UCUCCAGAGCACCUUUGGCUUCGGGUACCACCCCACAGAGAGACAUGUCACAUUCAUCUGCUUGCCAUCGUAUCCAUGAAUGUGGAGGAGGGGGUCCGAGCCAGAGCCUGGAGGAGUGAAAUCAACAUGAAUUCUCCCUUGAUUUCAUGCUAUCCUCAUUCCCAAUCCCCUUAUGGACCACCCCAGAGAGUGGGAUUCUGAGAUCUGGGGCUCUUUACUCCAGCAGACACAGGGAGACGGAGAGCCGAUGGCUGGGCACUGGAGCUGAGACAUUGACACUGGAAAUAAGGGGCACAUAUCUUCCACUGCAGGGCAUCCUCUAUGGAAGGAGGCUCUGUCAGGCUGUCACAACCCAAUGGCCCCCUCCCCUUAGGGAUUCCCCUGGGAAGGUAGAUCAGCACUGUAUACUGCUAACGUUGUUGCAAGCAUUGCAAAGCAUUUUGGGGAGAGUUAAAGGUGUGUGAGUGGAGAGUGGAAGUUUCCUUUGUAGGUUACAAGAGGCUGAGAAGGGGGGAAGAAGAAGAAAAGACCAGAGAACAAGUUAACUCAACACUGCACUAGCAAGCUCAGUCCGAAGAUAAGACACUGGCCCCGGCCCAAGGUCAUGGGCUAGACGAGAACUGUACAGCUGCCCAGCCAUGAGAAGAGGAGAACUAAGUUAAGCAGAGCUGCAGAAACAGCAGCGAGAACAGUGAGAGUGAAUGAGAUGCAGAGCUGCAGAGAUAGCAGUAAGAACAGUGAGAGUGAAUGAGUUGGCAAUGGUGAAGCCAACAGGACGGAAAACAAAGUCUCGGGAGCCGGUGUGUUUUGGACAGCCGAGAAGGCCACAGAAAGCCGGUUUGGACUGGCACAAAGAGCCCCUGGAACAGAGGUUGCAGAAUGGAACACCCCUGAGGAGCCAGGACUUAAAACCCUCCUGAGAGCUGGAGCAAUUUGGAGAGCACAGCAGAUCAUUGGACGGCCUGGGCCCAAGACAGCACUCCCAUCCACCUCUUCCCCCUCCUUCUGAUGUUACACCCAGACUCGACCAGUCUGGGUCGUGCAUGUUUCAUCAGCUCCUGUCCAGCCCUGAGGCCAGGAAGAGCCGCCCUGCCAGAUGCUGGGAGCCCGUCGCCCACACUCCAGCGCUGCCCUGCUCUCCGCCGUCCUCCUCCUGCACGUUCAGGCUGCAGCGGCUGUGAGUUUCCAGGUGCUGGUUCCCGCCGGUCCCCUCUCUGCCCCGUUGGGGGGCACUGUGCUGCUGCCCUGCCACCUCUCCCCCGCGCUCAGUGCCCAGGCCAUGCAGGUGAAAUGGAGCCGGCCCCAGCUAGGCCAGGACGUCCACGUGUACUUGCCAGACGGGAGCGAGGUGCAGGGUGAGAGGUACCGGGGCAGGACGGAGCUCCUGCGGGACGGGAUCCAGAGUGGCAGCCUGGCCCUGCGGAUCUGGAACCUCACCCUGCGGGAUGAAGGGCGCUACCUCUGUGACUUCCAGUCCGAAACCUACUUCAGCGAUGCCGCGUUGGAGCUCCGCCUGACAAGCUCUGGUUCGGAUCCCCUCCUCGACGUCGGUUUGUACGAGGACAAGGGGGUCUCGGUCACAUGUCUCUCUGCAGGGUGGUACCCGGAGCCCAGUGUGCUCUGGAGAAACAGCCAUAAAAAAAUCCUGAGUCCAGAGUCCGAACAGAAACUGCAAAGUGACGACGGCUUAUUCAACGUCUCCAGCACCAUGGUGAUGACCGAGAGCUCGGAUCCAGCACUGACCUGCACCCUCAGCCCUGGCUCGCCCGGCCCAGAGAAAGUGUCGGCCAUUUUCAUCUCCGACACUUUCUUCCCCAGAGUUUCCUCCUGGCGGGUCCCCUUCUUUGUAAUCCUGACUAUCUGUGUUUGCUUCCUCGCCUUGGCUGCCCUCUGCCUAUGGAGGAUUCACAAAGAAAAAGGUGCCAUCUACACAGAGCUAAAGAAAAGCCACGGCAGACCGAGUUGGAAAGAAGCAUUUCGCAAAGCCGCGGACGUGACCCUGGACCCGAGAACAGCUCACCCCAGUCUGGAGCUGUCUGCAGAGAGGAAGAGCCUAAGGAACACAGGUCCGAGACAAUCACUGCCUGAUGGCCUGGGGAGAUUCGAAGUUUACUCCUGCGUGCUGGGCUCUGAUGGCUACGAGUCGGGGACUCAUUACUGGGAUGUGGAGGUGGCCGGCACAGGGGGCUGGGCUCUGGGCAUCACCAGGGAGUCUGCCAGCAGGAAGGGAUGGUUCAAUUUCAGCCCCAAGCAAGGCACGUGGGCCAUCCAGCUCUCCAGGGGCCAGUACCAGGAAGUCACUGCAGAAUGGAGCCCGCUGGACCCGCCCCAGACCCCUGGCAAGAUCAGAGUGUAUCUGGACUAUGAAGGAGGGAUUGUGUGCUUCUACGAUGCUGACACCAUGGCCCUCCUCCACACCUUCACUGCCCUCUUUACAGGGAAGAUCUACCCGUUCUUCUGGGUCUGGUCUGUAGGGACCUCCCUUAGACUGUGUCCCUGAGCCUUUCCCAGCCAGAUCGCUGCACAUUGAAACCUGCCGACGCAACACACCAGCCACCACAAUGGGGGGGGCGGGGAUGCAUGUGGUGUCGGUAUAGGCUGUGGGCAUGUUUUAUUAGUGACGACCCCUUGCUGGAAGGCUGUUUUCACACUACGUGAAUGGGAAUAAACCUGUUCUUUAAAAAAGAAACGCAAAUUCCAUCACAUGCAAAGGUAACAUCCACCUCUGACAAAGUGGAAAUCGUCUGUGAUAUUUUUAUGACACUUAUAUGUGCCUCAGUUUCCCCUACAUGCUGCUUUGUUACCCAGUGUGGGGAAAAGGGCUGUUUGCUCUCAGAGCAGGCUAAGAGACAUAGGUGUGGGUGUCGCCCGGCUGUCUGGGCCUCAGUCCCCAUAUCAGUGGAGCAACUGGGAAUACCAUGGCAAAUCUAGUCACCAGGACCUUGGCACCUACCAUCCAAGGACCCAGAGGGAGAUGGAUUCCAUCUCCACAGGGAGAAGAGCAACAUCCGCUAGCUGAAGAACAGAGGACUGGAGAGUCAGGAGGUGCGGGUAUAAGAAUUGGCUGCUCACCUGGAGUCUGACCAAAGAGGUCAGAGGGGGAGACAGAUGGAGCUUGACCAGGGGGGUUCACUACAGCUUGGCUGGGCUCUGGACUGACCAGAAAGGUCUAUACUUUAAUGUUUAGUUCUCUGUGCUAACCUAAGGACUUCCUAGGCUGUGUCCAGCUGACUAAUAAACCCGACUUUUGGACAAUGCUAUUUGAGUGUCACUA